GACCGGGGCGGGCUCCGGCGGGGUGCGCGGCCGGGGCCCGGGCCCCCGGAGCGAGCGGCCGGGAUGCGGUGCGGGAAGAUGGCGGCACCGCCGCCGCCGCCAGCCGGGACGGCGGGCGCUUGGGGCAGCGUGCGGCGGCGUUGCCAGCGGCUGCUCUACUGGGUGCCGGUGCUCUUCAUCUCCAGCAUCCUCUGCUGGUCCUACUACGCCUAUGUCACCCAGCUCUGCCUGCUGACAAUGACAAAUAUUGGAGAAAAAGUUGUGUGCCUGGUUGCUUACCACAUAUUUUUCAUGCUGUUCGUCUGGUCAUAUUGGAAAACAAUCUUUACGCUACCAAUGAAUCCUUCAAAAGAAUUUCAUCUAUCCUAUUCAGACAAGGAAUCCCUAGAGAGGGAGCCUAGAGGUGAAUCCCAGCAAGAAGUCUUAAGACGGGCAGCCAAGGAUCUUCCUAUCUAUACACGGACAAUGUCUGGAGCAAUCAGAUACUGUGACAGAUGCCAUCUUGUAAAACCAGAUCGUUGCCAUCACUGUUCUGUGUGCGACAAAUGCAUUUUGAAAAUGGAUCAUCAUUGCCCUUGGGUGAACAACUGUGUAGGAUUCUCCAAUUACAAAUUUUUUCUUCUCUUCUUGGCUUACUCACUACUGUAUUGCCUUUUCAUUGCUGCAACAGAUUUACAGUAUUUUAUCAAGUUUUGGACAAAUGGCCUUCCUGAUACUCAAGCCAAGUUCCACAUCAUGUUUUUAUUCUUUGCUGCAGCUAUGUUUUCUGUCAGUCUGUCUUCUCUCUUUGGAUAUCACUGUUGGCUUGUCAGCAAGAAUAAGUCUACAUUAGAGGUAUUCAGAGCUCCCAUAUUUCGUCAUAGAACAGACAAGAAUGGCUUUAGCUUGGGAUUCAGCAAAAACCUCAGGCAGGUAUUUGGUGAUGAGAAGAAAUACUGGUUGCUGCCUGUGUUUUCAAGUCUAGGGGAUGGCUGCUCCUUCCCAACUUGCCUUGUUAAUCAGGAUCCUGAGCAAGCUUCCACACCUGGUGGUCUUAAUUCAACAUCCAAAAAUGAGAAUCACCUGUUUCCUGCAAAGCCGUUGCGCGAUUCCCAGAGCCACCUUCUUACGGAUACACCAUCUUGGUCAGAAAGUAGUGCAAAGGCUGAAAAGGGCAAAGUUGGUAUGAGCAAUCCUGCAUUAACCAUGGAAAAUGAAACCUAAUUUCCCUUAAAAGAAACAUCUGAAUAUCUAAGGAAAGUUCAAGAAAAAGCUGUUGUUGGAAGGAAGAUGCAUUCUUCCAAAUAUCAGCCCUGUUGGCCAGCUGCUCCUGUCUGCUCCUGUGUCGAUGUGCUCAGAAAACAAACUGGCAGAUGAUUAGCUGUCUCCAUGUCACUGCUUGAAACAUGAAACUAAACAUACUACUUCUGAACCAUAUAAAGAAUGUUUCAACUUAAAAUUACUGGUUUUGAAUGGUGAAGGAUGAUUCUGAGUAUUAGGGGGAAAAAAAAAGUCUGAGUUUACAAUUGUAAAAUUUCAGUGGCUGGUUUUACUUUAUAUUCAGCACAAGAAGAAUGUGACCUCCUUACAUAUCAGUCCCCGUUCUUGCCUUGGUUUUGAAAAUUCACCUGUUAAUUCAAAUUGCUGUAAGUAGUUGACUUUAAAUUUUUGCACUACUGGCUUUAUGAAUUGGGAGAACAGCCAGUGUUGAUUACAAAUAAUUUAGUGGCUUGGUGGACUGUAUUUUCUUUUGAGUGCUUGAUAUGCAGUUUUUGAAGAUAAGGGGACCCAAGUGAAAUGUCUGACUAUUUUUGGAACAUUUUUGGAAAACAUUAUUGCAAAAGCUCCGUUUUCCCCUCAGAUCUGCACUACCAAUAGUUAGAAAAGUUACGGGGGGCGGGGGGGAAACUCCUUUGUUAAUUGAAUGCUACAGUGGGUCACUGGGAAGUUGAGUGAUAAAAAGCCUGCGUUCAGACGGGUAAUACAGAAAUGAAGCUGGCCAGCUGGGGCUUUUGAUGGGAGCUGCACAGGACAGUGCUAUGAAAUGGGGAUUUUAUUGUCCCAUUUGGAACCAUUAAACCCUUCGGGAAAUGAAUGUUGGCAUUUAACUUUGUCCCAAAAGGCUUUUUACCAACCUCUGCCCCUGAGGGCCACUGUCUUUCAAAAUCCUAGUUUCUUAUUAAUCAAUAGUUGUCUCAGAUUUCUUUUUUCACUUGUUAAGACAGUACCUUUCUUACUGCAUAACUUAACGAAGAUCAUGUACAAUCAAGGAGACUUACUGUUAUAACUUGUGAUAUUUCCAUGUACAGGACAACAGAGGUUUGAUUGCAAUACCAAAAAGCCAAGCUGCUGCAUGUAGGAAACCUCUUUCAAUGAAGUUAGGAGCUAGCAGCUUGCUUAGGAUCAGAGUUUACUGGCCAGAUAAUAAAGGAUGCGUUAUCAACUAUCAAAGUCAAGGAAGUUUCAGCAACGCAAAUCUAAUUGUCUUGUGCCUUUUGUAUACACUACAUUUAUGGUAUCAGUGUUUACAUUUAAAUGCAAAUUGUUAUUCUGAAAACAACUUUAGGAGGAACUUGGUUAUGCUUUCUAGGUGGCUAGAUAAAAAGACUAAUCAAAAAAAAAAAGUGAAAAACUCUCAGACUAAGCUCAGUUCAGUUGAAGCAGAAUAGUACUUCUGUUAUCAAACCUGAGUCACUUAGCAGGUUGGUUCACAGUGUAAAGAUGCCAGUUGUUUGUUAAGAACACUGGCAGCAGCACUAAAAGUGACAGAUUUCUGAAAGCAAAAAUCUUACCUUUAACUCUUCUACAGGCAGGUAACUUUAACAUUUGUCUUUCUUGGGUUUACAACUUAAGUGAUAGCUGUUGGAGCACAAACGUGUUUGGUUGGGGUUUUUUUUUUUUUCCUAGUGAGGGAAAACUGUCUUUUUUUUUUAAUCUCAAAAUUUUACCAGCCUGAAAACAUCUGUUUCUUGCCAGAAGUGCCGGAGUGUGGAGCCCUUGAUGUAGAACACUUUUUUUAAACUAGCAUGAAGGUAGCAUACAGUUUACAUGAUGCCUGCAGACAUCUAGCAACCAAAAGUUUUUUGCAGCUAUUUAUUCCGUGUUGUUCUGUCAGCUUACCUUGUAUUAGUGUUUGUUUAAAGGCUAACUUGUCAAGGUAGAGGGGGAGAGGGAAAAAUAUAUUUUUUAACACUUCAGGUUCUCUAUCUGUAUAGCCUUUUUUUUUUUUUAUGCAGUUAGUCACAGGGUGGUUUGUCAUGGAGCAUGCAUUUGAAAAUACUGAGUAAAAAGUUGAAAUUCAGCUUCAGUGUAACUUGCUCCAAAUAUUUAUGUAAAGAAAAAAGUACACAUUUCUUCCCCAGCAAAACUCAUACUGGAAAUGGCUCUCUCUAAUAGAGGUGUCAGCCUCCCUGGCUCUGUCCAGGGCUCUGCGAGCUCUCAGUAAGGCUGGGGAUCAAUGUAGAGAAAGGACAGGGAUAAGGGAUCAAGAAAUGCCUGGCUUCAUGUCUCAGAAGUCACACUUAGAAAGCACAAUAGCCCUGAAGGCUCUGCAGCUUUGAUGUAGCCAAAGGCUGUUGCUCUAGGAGAAACCUGAUCAGGGCUUGGGGAACAUGCUGCUGAAGGGAGGAAAAGGGGAAAGAGCAAGGAGGGUAGCUCCCAGGGAAAUGUUCAGCAGAUCUGAGCCAGAGGGCUGCAGCUACACCUGCUCUCAGGAUGGGUAUGAGCUCUGCCUCCGUGAAGAGCACUGCCAGCAGGCUUUGGGGGUUCCUGGCAGUUCUCACUGUAUAGAGCGUGGACAAGUGAGCUAGUCGCGCUCCAAAGUAUAACUCCUGAUAUGACUCUAUUGGCUUUAAGCUCUCUAAUGCUUUAUAUAGCAAAGUGAAAAGGGUCUUUUUGACACAUUGUCAUUGCACGUUGAUGCUGUUACAAUGCACAUGGGAGAACUAGUGAGGAGGUAAGGGGAGCCAGGGUAUAUUGUUGUUUAUCCACUUACACUGAUUCUCCUUUAUAUUUUUGCUAGGCACUUUACUACAGCCUUUUGUGUAAUUUCUGUAUUUUUUUUAAAGACUGCUUUUUACCUACUGUACAGUUACUAAUCUUUUUUGCUAAAAAGAAAAUAAUAGCCCUGAUAUUUGUCUAGCAGUAUGACUGCAUUUCAAGCUUCAGUGGAAGUUAGAGGAGCUCGACAGACUCCUCUGAUGGGCCUGAGUCCCUAAUGACAAUAGAAUUAAAUUUAUUUUGUAUAUAUGUAAACAGUCACAUGAAUCAUAGCCCCCUACGUGCAUAAGAAGCUUCCUUAAUUUGUAGGUUAGAACAAAUCCAAUACCUGUCCACACCAGAAAUGGCCAAACAUAUUCUCUGUCAGUUGAUGUACUGGUAAUAGAGCGCUCAAAAGCCUUCACAGAGAACUAUUUUUAUUAAGAAAAAUGGAACACCUAGAUGUUGGUGAGCUCUUCCCACUGAACAAUUAGACACAGCUGCUGCUAUGCACUUUAAUUCUUUAAACUGGACAGUAUUUUUUCUCCCAAGUUAAGGUGCACAGUGAAAGUUCUUUAGUAGCCUACAACUGUGGGCAGGUGGUUAAUGAAACACUGCUAGUUAUUUUUAACUGUUUGUGUACUUAAAGUCAGGGUCUUUGAGCAAGACUGCCGAAAGAUUGCAGGAAGCAAAUUUGGUUUAGUGCAUGGUGUGCUAUAGCUGUUGCUAAUCAUCAUUUGGACUGAGAGUUCUUGGGGGGGGAAUGUAUUUCUACAUAAGUUUAGUGUAUAACUUUGCCUCUUGUUAUUGUAUUGCUCACAUAAAUAAAUGCUUCAUGUUCAGCAAGUCACAUA